UCUCGGUUUCUCCCAGAGCCGUUGGUGCCCGUCCGUUCACACUGAGAUAACAGCUGAUCGAGAGGUUAUCGUCGGACUACGCAACAGAGACGCACUCUAAUACAAACUGAACCAUCUCCUUCGUGCUUUUAUUCACCUUAUGUGGAUAUAAUGGUGUGACAAUGGCUAAGCGACCGGGGACUGAUGAUGGGAUGAUGACUUCUCCGACCAUUCUCCGGGAUUUUGCCGCUGAAUUCAACGCCGGGGACGUGGAUAUGGACUGCGGCGGCGGCGGAGGAUCCGAGGAGGUGUCGUUGGAGGAGAUCCUGACUCUGUACAGCCAGCCGAUAAACGAGGAGCAGGCGUGGGCCGUGUGUUACCAGUGCUGCAGGACGUUAGCGCAGAAGCACCGGAGGAAAAGCUCCAAGCCCUCGGCAGAGUUACCGAGGAGGAUUGAAGGACCCGGGGAUGUGACGAUCGGCAGAGACGGGACUGUCAAACUGCACUUUAAAGACAGCUCAGAUGAAUACAGAUCAGCCCCUACGUCACUAGAGAUAAUUGACUCACUGGGUGUCAUGAUCUACAAAGCUCUGGACUAUGGGCUUAAAGAAAACGAGGAGCGAGAGCUCAGCCCGCCUCUGGAGCGCCUCAUUGACAUGAUGACCAACACCCAAGAAACAGAGAGUGACCCCUGUCCUGAUGAAGGCUACGAGGCCACAGAGGAGGAGGAGGAUGAGUGUGAGGAAGAGGAGGAGGAGGAGCCUGUUACCACAGCCAGUACAGUCAGCAGUGUCCGAGGAUACAGAGACAUCAUCACGCUGUGUUCCUCCCACCUCCCCAGCCCCUCAGACGCCCCCAAUCAUUACCAGGCUGUAUGUCGAGCACUCUAUGCAGAGACCAGGGAACUGCACACCUUCCUGGAAAAAAUCAGGAGUGCCAAGGAGAACCUGCGGAGAAUGGAAGGCGAAGGCCAGGAGGAACCGGUGAAAGAUCUAGAUGAGCUACAAAAUGCAGACUGGGCUCGGUUCUGGGUGCAGGUAAUGCGAGAUCUACGACAUGGUGUUAAGCUGAAGAAAGUCCAGGAGCGUCAGUACAACCCACUACCCAUUGAGUACCAGCUCACCCCCUAUGAAAUGCUGAUGGACGAUAUCCGCUCCAAACGAUACAAGCUACGAAAAGUCAUGGUGAACGGUGACAUUCCUCCAAGGUUAAAGAAGAGCGCCCACGAGAUCAUUCUAGAAUUUAUCCGAUCACGACCUCCUCUCAACCCUGUGUCAGCACGUAAACUGAAACCCCACCCGCCACGUCCCAGAAGCCUCCAUGAGCGACUUCUGGAGGACAUUAAAGCUGAAAGGAAGCUCAGGCCAGUGUCACCGGACAUGAUCCGCAGAAAUCGUCUGGUCAUGCGACCUCUUAGCAUGUCGUACAGUUUUGACUCAUCAGGUGCAGGAAAAAGCAUCAGUACUCCUCAGGACUUGUUCCGCAGCUCAGACACUCCUGAUGCACCCAGGAAGUUGGCUGGCAGCACCCACUCUCUGGCCAGUGGCACCCCAGGGCCCAAUCAGAGUGGAGUCCAGCCGCUUUCCCAAAGGAAGAGGCUGCUCAGGGCACCAACGCUGGCCGAGCUGGAUAGCUCUGAAUCUGAUGAGGAACCCACACAAAGCAGCUCCAGUAUGUCCACGUCUCUGGUGGAGGACACCUCUCCUGAGUCUGUCAUUGGAAAGAAGGCCCCUCCCAAGUUUCUGCCAAUCUCCGCCACCCCCCAGCCAGACAAACGCCAGUCUCCCCAGAGGCGACACUCCAUUGAAAAGGAGACUCCCACCAGUGUCCGCCCUUUUGUGCCCCCGUCCAGACAAAGCUCCAAGUCUCUGCUGACGGAUCCCAGUGCCAAGGUGGAAGCUGCCAGCGGUGCACAGGGAACGGAGGAGUUCUGUUACCCAGUGGAGUGUCUGGCUCUGACAGUAGAGGAGGUGAUGCACAUCAGGCAGGUUCUGGUCAAGGCUGAACUGGAGAAGUUUCAGCAAUACAAAGAUAUCUACAAUGCCCUCAAGAAAGGAAAGCUUUGCUUUUCAUGUCGGACCAAGAGGUUUUCUCUCUUCACCUGGUCGUACACAUGCCAGUUCUGCAAGAGGCCUGUAUGCUCCCAGUGUAGUAAAAAGAUGCGGCUGCCGUCCAAACCCUAUUCCACUUUACCCAUCUACUCUUUGGGCCCCAGUUCUAUGGCUAAAGAAGAGGCGAGCUCAGACUCGGCACCCACUGAUCCAGAAAAACAACCGUUUGGGUCUGGACAUCACCGCCACAGUCUACGCAGAAGUGUCUACAAGUUGUCCAAGCACAGCAGUGGCAGCAAAGAGGGGCGGUCACAGGACGAGCCGGAGUUACCUAAAGAGCUGACAGAGGACUGGGUCACCAUGGAGGUCUGCAUAGACUGCAAGAAGUUCAUCACAGAGAUCAUCACCUCCAGCAGGCGCAGUCUGAGCGUGGCCACCAAGCGUGCCCGCCUCAACCGUAAAACCCAGUCCUUCUACAUGUCUUCAUCGGCUUCAGUCAAUUUCAGACCGUCUGAGCGCACCAUUAAUGAAGUGUAGAAAGUAGGACAAGCCUGCGCACUAUUUUUCCACCCCCUCUCCGGGAGCGUGUUUAUCUUUAUUGAAAAUCCCUGCAAAAUGCUUAAUUGCAGUGUACAUAAAUGAUGAUUGAUGAACAAAAGUGACCAUGAAGCCAGUCCAUUCCGCCCCAAAGUUAGUAAAGGUAAUUGCACCUUACCCCCCCUCUCAGGAAAUGUUGGCAUGCUAUUGUUGGUCAUGAUGAAAAUGACUGGCCAGGACUCUGUUUUAGCUGCCAGAUAAUCGCAAAGAGCCAUGUUACUUUAAACAGCAGUGAUUAUUCAGGGCAUGUUAACGAUGGAUAAAAAACAGGAGUGCUUUACAUUACAGCUCAGUUAUAACAUGGGAAUAGUUUGGUAAUAAAUAGGUAUUACUGUGCUAAUACCACAUGAUGAUCUAUGUAAUAACUUCAUUAACAACAAAUGAAAACUGUUGUAAGUAGAAAUGGUAAUUAUCACAUUAUUGAACUGUGAAACUGAUAUGUUUAAUACUGUGAUUUGUUACCAGGAAACACUUGUGGUUGUUUCAGUGUAAUAACCAUAAAUCAGGGUUGCAACAUGCAAAACUAGUCAUUUCUGUUUGAUUUUACGGUGAUGUUAGAUUAAGCCAAACAUUAGAAGGCAUGAACUAAGUAGGACUUUGGAUGCGCACAAGAGGACUGGUAAAGUUCAGCUUUUUGUCAUAUUGCUUAGACAGCGAAGGGAAAAAUAGCAGUGGUCAGAACUUGAAACUUGAAGAACUUAGGGGCUGAUGCUAGCUAAUAGUAGAUUCUGAAUGCUAGUCUUUUUAAGUCUUUUUACUUUAUUUGUUACAGUCAAGCUAAAGUGUAGCUAGUGUUAGCAGGUUAAUAUGGUACAUAGCAGUGAAAAUCAACCCUUUAGCAAGAUCUAAAAAUAUUAAAAAAGGUUGAACUUGUCUGGACUUUGUCCUAUUAUUGAUGAGACAUAUCACUGAUGUCACUUUGUUCUUAUUGUUCUUUGUGUCUUGUCCCUGCAGAACCUGAUUGGUCCCCUUGUGCUCAUUCAGAUUUCUGGCUCUUGUCUCUUGUUCACUUAGUCGAAUGUUACUAGAACACUAGAUAGUUUUGCACUUUGCAUCCCUGGUUCAUGGUUACUACACAGAAACCAACACAUUUUUUCCAGGUAACAAGUCACAGCAUUAAAUAUAUUAUUUGUUCACUAUAACCUUAGAGCUGUAAAAGGUUGAUCUUAUUUGGAUCAUGUCCUAUUUUCAUAUUUCAUCUUCAAGUUUCUUUUGAAUGUUGAGUUCAUUUCCACAAAAUCUUUGGUGAUCUCUGCACUUCUUGGUUCGGUUGGUUGUUAUGUUUGAAUUCAAAGUCCUGAUUGGCUCAUACUUUAAGCUUUAACCUAACUUUACCACACAGUUGAAUACAAGCAAGUAGUUUUGCACGUUCCAACUUAGUUUCAUGGAUACGACACAGAAAAUAUCAUUAGUGUUUUCAGGAAAGCAGCAUAAUAUACAAAUAUAUCAUUUAUUCAGUGUAACCUUGAAACUGAUGUCAGCUAGUGUUAACUCCUCACUGACAUGGAAAACAUUAGAAAAGGCUGAACUUACUUACAUUAUGUCCUGCUGUCCUCAAUGAAACCAUCAAUAUAAUCCUGCUUCCUGAAGUUUCGUAUGAAUGUCAUGCUCAUCUCCACUGACGACUUCUUAAUCUCUACACCUUUUCCUUCUUGGUUGACCAGUCAUCACAUGCAUUGGUUCGUGCUUUUUAAUGCUUGUUUUAAUCUUAUCUUCAGAAUGAAAUUAAAGUUAUUUUUGUGUUUUGCACCUCUGAUUCAUGAUUAGAGAAAAUACCACAAGUAAGUAUGUCCAGGUAAUACACCAUUGUAUUUAAUAUAUCAUUUGCAUAGUAUUACUUUUUACUUUACAUUUUUAAUUCUAAGAAGGAGCAUUCAUUAUUACUGGAGUUAUUACAUGGUUAUUACUUUAUUACCAAACUGUUAGUCCUGUAUUACUACAUUGAUGAUGUGUAACCGAUAAACUGAGCUGAUGGUGUUGCUAUUGUGAAGCAGGUAAAAGAAUGUAUACAACAUAAGAGAGAAUAAUAAAGCCAAAUGUGGCGGUGAUUGUGUAGAUAGCGUAAAGGCUCCUCCCUAAUCUUAGCUAAGUAUAAUGAUUUUUUUCCAGUUCCUGUUUACUCCUAGCACUCAGGAAAAACAACCGAUUGUCUCUUCUGACAGAAAUGCACUGUAGAUCCUCCUCUUUGUCAGGUCUACCGGGGUGAACUUCCGCGGCUCCAUGCCCCCCGUCCCCUUCUUCUCUUACUCUUCCAGCAACAAUUAUGCCAAAUGUUACAUCGUUCUUUCUUUUUCUUUUUUUUUUUAACAUACAUUUUCAUCAGUCAUAGAGGUCUGACUAAUGCAUACUUACUCCUCUGUCAUGCCAUUGGGGAUGAAAACGUGACUAGUGAGAAGGUUGAGUAUAUUUCUCUGAGCGGGUUUUAACAACUAGUUAUUAUGUAUGUUCUUUCAAUUCUGUGCCUGGUGCCAAAUGUCUUUUUUCUGUUUUUUUUUCUUUGAAUGCCUUCGCAGUGACGGACCUAUUGUACACAUAUGUAAUUAAAAUGGGAUGUAACCAGGCCCUUCUGUAUGUUUCAAGCUGAGCAAAAGAAGCACAGACAUGAAGGGUUAUGAAUGUGUACAUGCUGUAUAUCUUGUAUGUAUUUCAAAUUUAAUAAGAAUACAACUUUAAUAAGUAGAAUUAUAAUUUUAUCAUGUUUUAAAGAUUUCUGCCUGUGGAGUUUCAGUCUUUAUUUGAAAUUCUUCUCUAUCAUUAUUAUUAUUAUGAUUAUUGAUCCAUGUUAUAUUAUAAUUUUAUUUCUAUUGUAUAGUUUAUAAACUCCGCAGUGUUAAAGAUACUCCUAAAUCUCAGAUAGCACUUUUACAAGCUCAAUGUAUUGUUUAUUAUGAUUAUUAUUAUUAUGUUGGGUUUUUGUCUUAAUUAAUAUAAUUAUUAAAAAACUUUGUUAUUCAUCUCUUUGGGGUCCAUAGUGCCAUUUCCCUGGGCUCAUGAAUGAAAAUGUGUGUGAAUGGCUACAGUAUGUGAAAGGAAAAACAAAAUGCUCUAUGAAAUGUCAUGGAUUGUUUGUUUGUUUUUUUUCUUACAUUUUCUUUACUUUUCAUCCACAUCAAUAGUCCCACACCACACAAACAUCACAUAAAUACAGUAUAUCCACAUAGUUUGUUUUGUGGCAGUUGUUACAAAAUGAACACAAAGUCUAUUCAGCCUCUAAAAUAAUAGUAUGAAAUCAUACAAAAUUCCAUGUUCCAGUAGUUCAGCUGAGCAGAUUUCCUUGUAUCAGACCUCUAAGGAAUGUGUGCAUGCUGUCCUGUGAUUUUGUUCUCCCCACCCCCCAUUUUUAUCAAAGAAAUUUUAAUAAAAUUAUCAUGAUUUUA